AUGGUGAUCCUCCAGCAGCAGAGCAACAACCUCAGCACCGGGCAGAGCUCCGUGUCGGAUCCCGCAGCCGGCGCGCUGGGCCGGGCGGGUCACACCGCGGCGGCCGUGGCCCUGGGGUUCAUCCUGGUCCUGGGCUUCCUCGCUAACUUCCUCGUGCUCAUGGUGUUCUCGCGCUUCCCCGGGCUGGUGAGUCCGGUGAACGUGCUGCUGAUCAACAUCAGCGCCAGUGACAUGCUCGUCUGCAUCUUCGGGACUCCCCUCAGCUUCGCGGCCAGCGUGCGUGGCCGGUGGCUGACCGGGUCUUAUGGGUGCCGUUGGUACGGUUUCUCCAAUGCGUUUUUCGGUAUUGUAUCUCUGGUAUCUCUCUCUCUGCUGUCCUUGGAGCGGUACUUUGUGCUGCUAGGCAGAACCCACUUGAACUCGGAGUCCUCUCAGUACCGCCGGGCCAGGCUCGCUGUAGCGGCCUCCUGGCUCUACUCGCUGGUCUGGACUCUGCCACCGCUGCUGGGCUGGAGCAGCUACGGGCCGGAGGGUCCCGGCACCAUCUGCUCCGUUCAGUGGCACCAGCGCUCCACCGCAGCUCGCUCCUACGUCAGCUGUUUGUUCGUCUUCUGCCUGCUGCUGCCACUGCUGCUCAUGUUCUUCUGCUAUGGGAGGAUCUUGCUGGCUGUGCGUGCGGUGGCAAGACAGGUCACCAGGAUCAACCAAUCCUCAGCUGAGCGGAGGGAAGCCCGUGUCCUUCUAAUGGUGGUCUCCAUGGUGACAGGCUACCUAUUGUGCUGGAUGCCAUACGCUGUGGUGGCGAUGCUCGCCUCCUUUGGACAGUCCGGCGUGGUGCCGCCUGCCGCCAGUUUAAUCCCGUCCCUGCUGGCAAAGACCAGCACUGUACUCAACCCUGUUAUUUAUGUGCUGCUCAACCACCAGUUCUCCAGGUGUCUUCAGUACAUGAUCAGGUGCAGCUCAGAAGCCCCUCCCACCUUAGUUCACCAUACACUGGCAAGCAGAAGGGGUGUGUGGUGUCGUGGUCCCCACCCACCAACAGAGGAACAAAACACAGUGCAUGUCAUGUUCACAUCCAGAGACCAGCAGCAGCAGUCGGAUGCAUGUUGGCCUUCAAUGUCGGAGUGUAGCUUGAUCAUUGCAUCAAAUGAAGCUCAUUCUGAGGUCUAA